AUGCUUCUAGUUAAUGCGUAUCUUGUUGCAACAAAAUAUUUCUUUAUUUCUGUCGCUCUCUCUUUUCUCGUUUAUUGUCUCUCUAAUUCUCUCUAUUUCUCUCUCUAUCUUUCUGUCGUCGUCGCUUACUCUCUGUCUCUCUUACUCUGUCUCUCUCUGUCGCUCUCUUUUACUCUGUUUCUCUUUUUCUUUCUCUGUUUUUUUCUGUUACUCUCUCCCUCUCUUACUCUAUCUUUUUGGCUCUUUUGUUCUGCCAAACUCUCUCUCUUAAUCUGUUUCUCUAUUUCUUUCUUUCUCUCUCUCUCUCUCUCUCUUUUUUGGCUUUGUCUCUUUUUAUCUGUUGUCUCUGCCAAACUCUCUCUUAAUUUCUGUUUUUCUUUUCUUUCUUUCUUUCUUUCUCUCUCUCUCUCUCUCUCUCUCUCUCUCUCUCUCUCUCUCUCUCUGAUUUUCUGUCCCUGUCACUUUGUCUUACUAUAUCUUUUUAUCUGUCUUGCUGACUUUUUGUCUCUGCCAAACUCUCUCUUACUCUUUCUUUCUUUCUUUCUUUCUUUCUUUCUUUCUUUCUUUCUUUCUUUCUUUCUUUCUCUCUUUCUCUCUGAUUUUCUUAUCACUUUGUCUUACUAUAUCUUUUAUCUGUCUUGCUGA